AUGUCUAUACGUGAAGCUAGUCAUUCAGGGAGCUGGUAUCCUUCUAGUGGUAUGAAGAAUUUUCGAAAAUUGCUCUCUAUUUGAGACUAUAUAAAACGCGAAACAAUGACGAUGAAUUUGAAGGCCUUUGUUGUUUUGUUUUUUUGUCCAUGAAAAUCCAGCCAGGGAGCUGAACGCAAAGUUAGAAGGAUGGUUAUCCAAAGCCAGUCCCUCGUUACGACCAGCCAAGGCGAUUAUAGCACCGUAAGUAUAUGCAAUGUUUCCGAAAUUCGUCUACCGAUUGAAGUACUUUUAAACAGAUGGGCUAUUGUUUAAAAACUCAAGCUGUUCCUUGUGAUAUUUUCAUGAAAGGCACGCCGGCUAUCAGUACUGUGGUUCGUGUGGAGCCCAUGCUUACAAACAAGUUGACCCGAGUAGAGUGUAAGUAUAAUUUCAAUGCUUCCUUCAAUGUAAAUAACAAAACGCGAACGCCUUCUUUUAAAUAUAUAUUUUUUUUAAGAAAGAAAGGAGUACAUACACUUAUGUAAAUAAGGUGGAAGUUCAUGUCAACAGCUUAUGGUCAUCAAAUUCAUAUACAUGUAUAAGCUUUAAUAUAAUAUUCCCUUAUUGCUUUUUACCGUAAUGCAUUGCAAUAAUCUGCUUGAUCAUGGUAGUUAUAAUCAGGAAGAGUCGCAAUGUAUUCAACAAUACGUUGUUUUUAGGGUAAAUUCAAUAGGAUACAAGUUUCCUAUCCCGACAAAUUCCUGUUCACCAUUUUUCUAGCAUGUAAAUUUUAACAUCUUUCAUAGAGACUUAUUUUAUAGUCAGACAUUAUUAUUUUAAUAAAGUCCUUUUUGUCUUCUUUGUACCCACCUGAUAUUAUUUUGAUACUGUAAGAUAUUUCUUAUAAAUGCUGUUUAGAUUUUUUCUCCCUGCUUUUUGAAAAAUUCAAUGAUGUUAUGAAAAAUAUUCCUUCUUGUUGUAAGCUUCUGCUACGAAAAUAAUUAUCCUUUUUAAAUUUACCCUUAGGUUCAAACAGAUUUGUUUUUGCCAUAACAUUGUAAACUUAUCUGUUGCAUAUUUCAAUAAAUAGUAUUGUUUUUAGUAUUUUUGUCUGUGCAAAGGGUGUAAUGAUUUGAAUCAGAAAUGGUGUCUUGGGAGGUUGGAUUUUCUGUUGUAUUUAAAUUAUCUUGAGAUAAAAAAUAACUCAAUAUUGCAGUCUGAUAACUCCCUGAUCAAAAGGACUUGGAAAAUGACUUUGAAAAAGGUAUCAGGAAAAUCAGCAAAAAAUAAUGAAAAAGUAUUGUUUAAACUUUAUAUAUGAGGAAAUACAUGUUUAAAUGCAGCAAUAUUAUUUUCUUGUCCCUUAGUUUUCUUUUCAUCAAUCAAGCACCCUUUUUCCCACUCGUUUUUCUUUCAGGGUAGCCUCCUUGACCUUUCGAUCAGCCUGUUUUCAAAACACGUUGUAGUAGAAGUUAUUUAGUGAUAAUCUUAAAUUAUUGUAACAUAAUAAAGUAUUGAAAAGACGUUGGCAAUAAAUAACAAUAAUUAUUCACUGAAGUGGAAGUGGCUGGUGGUGGAUAUUUACCACGGUGAAAGAGUGAUCUAAAUAUCCACCUCUAUCCACUGACACUGAGGUGAAUAAUAAUUAUUGUUUUAGUUCGUAUAAUACUAAAACAGUGUGAUAACUGAGCCAAAAAUGAUAUUGAUUUUUAACUCAUUUAUUGCUGCCAACGAUUACAAUUUUGGGGUGCAAUUGACUGAAUGGCUGUCAUGUUUUUGUACCGAUAAAUUUUUGAAGGCCUUUGUUUAGCUGUUGCGGGGUCAUUUCUUUCGAAAGGAAUGGUUAAAUAUUUCUCUAUAUGAAACCAUUCUGUAAUAAAAACCCAUUCCUUUUAGUUUUAAAGCGACUUAUGAACAUGUCAGCUAAACAAUAGUAACUCAAGACUUAAUUUGCAUUUUUAAACAAAUAACUUUUCCAUCAGUUUCAUCGAUAAAUUCAGGUUAAACAGGCGAAGCUUUAUAGCACUGAAUAUCUUGAGUUUGAGUAGCCAAUCAGAGUGCAUGAAAAACACCAUCCACUGUUGUAAAUACUUUUUAUCCAAAACAACUAUUUUGUAUCUAUAUUCCUUCUACUCGUAUUCUUGUUUGGGUCACCUACUCGGUUAGUUCCAUCAACUAUUUAGGUGUCCCAAACUCGGCACAAUGAACCUGCAACUGAAAAUUUAUUUUCCUUCACAAUGUCUUGAUUUUAUAGUUUAAAGCACUAAUUUGUAUUAAUUAUUAUUCUGUGUGAGUUUAACCCUUUAAGUCCCAACAGUGACCAACAGCAAUUUUCUCCUAACAAUAUCCAUACAUUGUCAUGAGAUGAGGUUAUGAGAAUUAAUAAACUGAUCACAUAAGAGAAAAUACUUUGAUCUUUUAUCAAAUUCUCUAAACUAAUUCUUAAAGGAAAUGUAUAGAGAUCAGUUUGGAGAAUUUGUAAGUGGAUAUUGGGGCUUAAAGGGUUAAAUAAAAAUUGACUUGACUUGACUGAUAAUAAAUAUUGUCAUUUCACACUUUUCUUUGGGUCACAUAGCAGCUACUCAGAAGAGAAUUCACCAAUGGUGGGUUUCCCUGACCCCAAGCAAUACUAAAACAAUUGGAUGAAUGACAUGUCAUUGUUUCCUGCGACCAAUUAGGAGAGACCUUACCAGCAGCUCCUACACUACCCUUUUCUUUAGAUUGGGUAGACUUGAAAGCAAUUUUGCCAGGUUUAUUCAAAACUGCAUGUACAAAAGUCUAUUCAAGAGAGUUAACUGAAUUUUUGGUCUUAACAUACACUGUUGUUUGGUAGAUUGUUGCCAAAGUAGAGUUGUGGCAAAUGAAAAGGUGUUUCAUAAUAGGUGACAGUUAUCAUAGGUGAUUUGAACUGUUGUAAUAACUUAAUAAGAUAUGACAGGGCUUCAUUUCUUAAUUUAUACAUGUAGCAGUUAAAUGACCUUUUUUGUGGUAUAUCAGUAACUCGACAGGUAACAUAACAUGACCUGUGGGUCAUGUGCUGCCAUAAAUGCAUCAUAGGCAAUCAAAUUACAGUCAUACACUGUAUGAAUAUUAUCUUUUAUUAUCUUUGGUCAUCGUCAUCAUUGUUAUAAACAUUAUUACUUUUUGUGCCUGUUUAGAAAGCGGAUAUUUAUCUUGGGGCCGUCGCAUCACAAGUACUUACCAGGCUGUGCGAUAACAAGUUUAACACAUUAUGAGACACCACUUUACAAUUUAGCAGUAGACACUGUUGGUAAGUUUACUAGUUGUGUUUUCCUUUAACAUUAAGGUUGUUUAGUACAUGGUGAGGCUGAGAUUGGUAAUAAUAAUUAUUCAUUGCUGCAAAACAAUAUAAUUGAGUUCCCACUGGUUUCAUUUCUUUUUCAGUAAAUGAGGAGUUGUUUGCUACAGGAAAGUUUGAGAAGCUUAGUCGUUCUGAUGAUGAACAUGAGCAUAGUAUAGAACUUCAUUUACCAUACAUCGCUAAAGUAAUGGAAAGGUACAUGCGAAACUUUUGUAUGCACUUGCCAUAGCUUGUUUGUGUGUGCAUGGUUGUCUUGUGGUAAACACAUCAGCCUUUGGAUCUGUAAGUCUGUGUUUAAGCCUUUCCAUGGGCAGGGAACUUUGCUUCCCAUUUUCUCUCUCCAUCCAGGUGUGACAUGCUGGUGUAGAGUUUUUUCUUUUGAUAACCUGUGUCUAUGCUCAGUUAUAGAUAAAAGUCUACCUCUUCUACUUUCCAAAGAUAGCUCUCGGUUAUCCAGUUGACUAGAAUGUAAGCAAGAAAAAAAUCCAUAAAUACAAGUAAUUGACACUGGAGGUACUGUAUGUUCAAUCAAGCAUGGCGUUGGGUGACAACCUAGGGGCUCAGGUUGUGAAUCGUGGGUAGUCGUCAUGUACAUUAACCAACUGUUGCAGGGGAGAAUUCCUGUCCGGUAUUAAUGCUUCUAAAUUAUUUUGCAUACCAUAAACUUCUGCUUAUAACCCUUCCCUCCCAGGUAUAGGUCCUUCUACCUGUAAACAAAAAAUAUGUCCUGUUAUAAGCCCCUCUCUAGCUGGUAUUGAAAUGAAUUUGAUUUUUUAAAAAAGCAAGUAAAUUAAAAAAGUAUUUUGAUCAGCACUGCUAUGAAGCUUGUUUUGAAAUGCCUUUUUUAAUCCGGGUAUAAGCUCCCCCGGAUUUCCCCCCCUGGUUUAUAAGCCCCCCUGAAACCCCUUUCAAAGUUCUAUAAGCCAAGGGCUUACAAUAUUUGGCAGAUUAUGCCAAGUUCAUUAGUUGUACAUGCAAUUGACUCUAAACUUGCUUGUUUGGUCGUCAGAAAGACGUAGGUAUGGUAUGUGGAAAGUUAAAAAUGCCAUGCUAAUAAUUAUUCUAUCUCCGAUCUUUUUUAUGUAAUAAUAAUUUGGACUAUGAAGGUAAAAUUUUUUUCCCUACUUCUCCCCCUUUUGCAGCAAAAAGGAUCAAUUCACAAUAGUUCCAAUCCUUGUUGGGUCCCUAAAUUCUGAAAGUGAGGCAAAGUUUGGAAAGCUCCUGAGCAAAUAUCUCAUCCGGCCAGAGAACCUUUUCGUUGUCUCCUCUGAUUUUUGUCACUGGGGUAAGUUUCCUAGUUUAUAAUGAGUACAAAGUCAUUUUUCUGUGCAUGAUUGGACAAGGAUCCAAUCUGUGACCGUUUUGCUCACCAUGGCAAGUUGAAAAACAUUAUUGGAAACUAAAGUGGCAGUGAAAGUUGCAAAUUUGUUGACCCUUGUUUUUCAGUUAGGCUAUACUACAGAAUAACCAUUGACUUACAUUUGACCUCAAAAACUGCCAUCGCAGUCACCCAGUAGUCUAUAAUUUACAUAAAUGUUAAUAUUCUUAAGCAAGGAAUCGAAACAAGCACACUAUACACAGUCAACACCAGAGUCAACACAUGUAAUAUACCUUGUUUUUUAAUCCACAAAUCCCACCUUAGCCAGUUAAAAAAUUAUAAAGCAGCCACAAGUUUCCUCCAGGAAUGUGGACCGUAGUGCCUGUCCGUUCAGCUGCUUGUAUUUAACAUUCUUGUUCAUUGACUAAGAGACUGCGGACCGUGGUGGCAGUCCAUUUAACUACAUGUAUUUAACAUUCUUGUUCAUCAAGUGAGAGACUGUGCACCGCAGUGGCAGUCAGCUAUUUAACUGCUUGAUUUUAAACAUUUUUGGUGGCAGUCCAUUACAACUGCUUGUUUUUAACAUUUUUAUUCAAUGAUUAUGAGACUGUGGUGUCAAGGUAGUAGUGCUACUAAGUGGCCAGGUAUUCUGUAAUCACUCCUUCAGUUGUAAGGUGCCAAGCCAUGGUGUUUUUAUAACUUUCUUAAGAUCCUUUUCCUGAUCUUACAGUGAAAUAAACAUUUGUGUUGUUCAUUUUUAAUGUUUCUUAUAAUUCACCUCUUUCACACUGGCUAAGCUUGCAUUACUGUACCCAGCUUCUUCAUUGUUAUUGCAAUGUUUUAUAAUAAGACUCUCCUUCUUUAAUAACUGGAUUUUGAUUUUUGAUUUUUCAGGAAAACGUUAUAACUAUACAUCUUGGGAUGGACGUCGUCCUAUUUAUAAAUAUAUUGAAGCUUUAGACAGAACAGUAAGUUCAGAUUUAAUAAAGGAGCUUAAGCAAUGACAAUGGCAAUGGCAACGGCAACAGCAAGGAGAAUGGCAAAAAAGCAAUAGGUUUAGAUUGGCAAAACAACAACUUAAUUUGCACAUGCAACACUUUUUGUACAUUUCCUUGCCAUCGUUGCCCAGCUACGACACAAAACUGGCUAAAUUAAUCAUGUUUUGUGGAGGAUGUACGUUGCAAGACAAUGACCCUCUUUUUCUUUUCCUGAACUUUGAUACAGUCCCUUAGACAACAUUUGACAAAUUGAACAAGAUGGAAUAUAUGCAAUGAAAGUUUGAAGCAGUGCGAACACACUUUUAACUGACAUUUUUAAUUUGUAGCUGUUGCCAUCACUGUUACUUAAGCUCCCUAAUGAAGAACAUGAAUGACUUCAAAUGAAUGGAAUAUUAAUUUUACAUAAACGAAAAAACAAAAUAUUAAUGUACGUUCACAAUGCCUUUGUUUAAUUUAUUACAGGGCAUGGAUGCUAUAGAAAAACUUGAGCCUGGAGGAUUCACUGAAUAUUUAAAAAAUUCUAAGAACACGAUAUGUGGUCGACAUCCCAUAGGUGUUCUGCUCAAUGUAAGUGUAUUUUUUUUUAGAAUAAAUAACUGAAAAGUAUUGCUCACUUUCUUUGGGUGAUCUUAUCUCAUCCGCCCCAGUCAAAAUGUUUUAUGGUAGUAGGCAGGAUAACCAGAGUAGCAUGCAGCAAAGGCCUUUGUUUUUGUGGUUUUUAUGAGAUAUUUCUAAACUCAAGUAUUCAGUAGGCGGCAAAACUGUCAGUUGCUGGCUCAUUUUGGCUGGGCUGCUUAUCUACAACCCCUUAAGCAAGAAAUACCUUAAUAUGGCAUGAUGACAGUUACAACGGCAAAGCUUUGCUAUCCCUUUAAGCCCCAAUAUCCACAUACAAAUAUUUCUCCAAACUGAUCUCUAUACAUUUCCUUAAAGAAUUAGUUGAGAGAAUUUGAUAAAAGAUCAAGGAUUUUUCUCUUUGUGACCAUUUUAUUAAUUCUCAUAACUUAUCUCUUGACAAUGUAUGGUUAUCAUUAGGAGAAAAUUGAUGUUGGUCACUAUUGGGACUAAUAUUUCGUCCACAGUCUCAGUGGUUGUCCGUUGCACUAACAUUCAAUAACAUCAACAUAAUAAUAAUAUUAUUGUCCUUAAUGAACUGCAGGCAGUGGAAGUCUUACGGCAGAUGAAUGGUGUAACUCAUCCAUGGACAUUAAAGUUUAUUCAUUAUUCACAGUCUAAUGCUUGUGAAUACAAGGAAGACAGUUCAGUGAGCUAUGCAGCAGGAGUUCUGUUCUCAAAACCUUAACCCCUCCUCAGUGGUUCCUCAGAGGCUUCUGCUUUCUGUGUAAAUAGCUUUGACGUUUCCUUGGUUGGCAGUGAAGUGCAUUUUUGUAACUGUACAUUAUUUAAAAAUAUUACGUUGAUAUUUGUAGAUGUUCUUUGUUAUAUUUUUUGCCCCCAGUAAUAAUAUUGAUUAUUUAUAUAAAGACCAGUGAAAUACUAGGGGAGCUUUUGCACAAAAACAUGAUAUCUUGACAUGUGAAAAGAUCACCGUUGCUAUGGCUACAUUAUAAUAAAGCGCACAUUUCACAGCAAAAAGCUAUUAAAGUGAAAUGGUUUGGUAUUUCAUUGGUGUUUAUGUAAUGAAUAGAAAAUUACAUGGCCGCUUGAAGAUACAAAAUUUCUCUUCUCAUGAUGAAAAAUAUUUCACUCGUUCACUGCACUUACUUGUAAAAAUAUUAUUCACCAUUCGAAGAGAAAUUUCGUAGCCAUGUAAUAUUCUCUUUAUAUACCUCUCAUUGGUCAGUGGGAAACAGUGGGUGCCUUGGCUGUUUUUGGUUCAGGAUCACUGUGUUAAAAAUUCACUUUUUCCCUAGAGGUACCAAACUGGUUUACUGGAAUGUAAAAAUUUGUUCUCACAUGUUAAAAAAACAAACAACAAUGAAAAGGUGGGGUCGGUAAUUUAAACGAAGUCCUACUUAGGUUGCAGUUUAAGAAAUAAUUGGACCCCCAGAUCUCUGUCCAAGUGGGUUACUUUAAGAAGGUAAAUGUUUGUCCAGUCAACCAAGUGUUGCUUCCAUGAAACUGUUUCCGAUAGCCGGUGUUUAGAUAAAAGAGUUGAGCAAAUUGAAAUGGCUUACAACAUGGUUUGCUGAACAUUGGCUAAACUCCGUUUAAAUAUCCAGCCCUUAUAUUCUAGCAUCAUUUUUUCUGUUUGCAAGAGCAAUUUUAUUUCUAUCAUGGAUUUUGCCUUCAUAUCUAGGGAAACCAAAAAGGGGACACAUUAUGAGUCAAGGCUUACGUUAUGAUUCUACGUGUACUUGCUUUAUUAUUUUAAAUGCUCCUACACAAAAAUGGUCUUAACUUAACUGAUAAGUCUUGUUUCCUUUCUUUACUAUUUAUUGUUCAAUGUAAAAGAGUUUACUGACAACAAAGUUAAAAUUAUUCGAAGACAAAUUAUUUUCUUGAAAUUAUGUUUUUGCGCACAUUAAUUGGAGAAAAUUAUGAUAAUUAUUAACUUAUGAUCAUCAUAGUGCAAAUUAUGUAGGGGACUGUGCUCUGUUACUGUGUUCAAGAAUGAGAAUAGAAGGAGAAUCUUGAGAAAUCAUUGCCAGUUUUUGGAAAAGUAAUAUUUUAUUACCACUUUUACUUCUUGGAUGAGUCUUGACCAAAUCCGAAACACCUUCUUCCCACCCCUGUUUCCCUACUUUAAUUUGAACAUCACAAUUUUGGAGGGCUUUUUUUCCUUUUCUCUGUGUAUUAUCAUUCUUGGAUAGAUGCUUAUUGCGUGCACACUAUAUUUUCAACAAAUUACUGUCGUGUUAAAAUUGUUAUGAUUAUGUUAAACAUAGCUAGAGUUUUUGCUGAAGGAUUGAAAAUAAAGUGCUGCCUUAUGAUGCUG